AGCUGCCGCUGUUUAGUAUCUACUGUACACAAGACUCGAGCUGACUCUGAGACAGACGCGAAUCACUGUGAAUCCAGAACUGCUCACAAAGAUGCAGUUCAUGCUGUUGUUCAGCAGACAGGGGAAGCUCCGUCUGCAGAAAUGGUACGUUCCUCUGUCCGAUAAGGAGAAGAAGAAGAUCACGCGGGAGCUGGUGCAGACCGUUCUGGCCCGCAAACCCAAGAUGUGCAGCUUCCUGGAGUGGAGGGAUCUGAAAAUCGUGUAUAAAAGAUACGCCAGUCUGUAUUUCUGCUGUGCCAUUGAGGACCAGGAUAACGAACUGAUCACACUGGAGAUCAUCCACCGCUACGUCGAGCUGCUCGACAAAUACUUCGGCAGCGUCUGCGAGCUGGAUAUCAUCUUUAACUUCGAGAAGGCGUAUUUUAUCCUGGACGAGUUCCUGCUGGGAGGCGAGGCUCAGGAGACGUCGAAGAAAAACGUCCUGAAAGCCAUCGAGCAGGCGGAUCUGCUGCAGGAGAGCCAGACUGAAGACUGGGGAGGUUUGACCAAUGAGGAGAUCUUAUAAGGGAGCGGAGUCCCGCCCACCCUGUCAGCCGAUUGGUAAAUGGUGUGAUUUUGCUUGAGCUGAAUUCUGAUUGGGCAUGACGAAGCUCUCGCUCGCUCUGAUUGGAGGAGACGUGGUGAUGUGAGGGGGGAGCUCUUGACCUUUGACCUGGUCACAAGAUUUAGGCUGCAUCCCAGUUCACAGACUAAAAGUAUGUGGAAGUAUAUACUUUUGAGUUUGUAUUAAGACAGUACGCUGGGAUUGGGACCAAGAAAUAAAAUAAUGUCUUAAUACACAAAAUAG